CCUGCCGCCACGGCUCACGCUCCUGAGCCUCAACCAAUCCGCGCCCGGACAGGAAGUGACGUCAUCAGGCGUCGGCGGGACGGAAGCCAGAAUCGCUUCGGGUCCGGUCGCAAAGAUGGCGUCCUCCGCCUCCGCUCGGCCUGAGGCGGGGAAGCGAGUGGUUAAUCAGGAUGAACUGCGGCGGUUGAUGAAGGAGAAGCAGCGUCUGAGCACCAACCGCAAACGGAUAGAAUCUCCAUUCGCGAAGUACAACCGCUUGGGGCAGCUGAGUUGUGCCCUGUGUAACACCGCGGUUAAGAGCGAGCUCCUGUGGCAGACUCACGUCCUGGGAAAGCAGCACCGAGAGAAAGUGGCCGAGCUGAAAGGCGUGAAGGAAGCCGCCCAGGGACCGUCCGCCAGCGCAGUUCCUCAGUCCGCCAGCGCAGUGCCUCAGUCCACCAAGAGGAAGGCGCCGGACGCAGAGAGCCAAGAUGCCAAAAGAGCGAAGGCCUCCCUGGUGUCUCAAGUACAGCCCUCCACUUCCGCUUUGCCCACCAACGUUGACAAAGCCGGAAAGGAGUCCACUAGGGCGACCCUCAGUAAGGCUUCGGGACUCGGUUUACUCCCUGAUUAUGAAGAUGAGGAAGAGGAGGAGGAGAAAGAGGAGGGAGGAGGAGAAGGGAAAAGAGGGGAUGUCUGUAAGCAUCCGGCCAACGCGCAGGGCAAGGAACACUCACUUUCCUCCGCGCGGGAGGCAACCGGUAGUAGGCUGCCAAGCGAUUUCUCGGACACAAAUCCUCCCAAGGCCCCUUUAAUUCCUCAUUCAGGGUCAAUUGAGAAAGCAGAAAUACAUGAAAAAGUGGUGGAAAGGAGAGAAAACACCGCGGAAGCAUUACCGGAAGGGUUUUUUGACGACCCUGAGAUAGAUGCGAGGGUACGAAAGGUUGAUGCCCCAAAGGAUCAGAUGGACAAAGAAUGGGACGAAUUUCAAAAAGCCAUGAGACAGGUCAACACUAUUUCCGAAGCCAUAGUUGCCGAAGAGGAUGAGGAGGGACGGCUGGACCGGCAGAUUGGGGAGAUCGAUGAGCAGAUAGAGUGUUACCGUCGGGUGGAAAAGCUGCGGAAUCGCCAGGAUGAGAUAAAAAAUAAGCUUAAAGAGGUUCUGACCAUAAAAGAACUGCAGAAAAAGGAAGAGGAGAAUGUUGACAGCGAUGAUGAGGUAGAACUACAGGAUUUGUUGUCUCAGGAUUGGAGGGUGAAAGGGACUUUGUUAUAGAGUUUCAAAGACCCAAGAGUUCUACAUCCUCUACAACUGUAUAAAAAGUGCCGCCUCUCAAUACGAUAUCGUUUACUCCAUGCCUGGAGAUUUGGUAACUUGACUGGGUUGUCGAGAUACAAUGAGCCUGUGAAGAUACCGCUUUGGAAAAUUGGUGUAAAAUAUUUUUGAGGUAAAGGUGUUUUUGAAGUUUUCGAAGUAUUACACUCAAAUGCCCACUUUUUCACACACUUAUAGAUCUAAAGUUUGAGUUGUAAAAGCUGUAAGCUGUAAAUAUUGUACAUAUUAAAUAUAUAUUUACUUAAGAAUUAUAUUUUGAAAUUUAUAAGUUAAUAGAAGUCAGACCAACAGACAAGCUUUUAGAUGAAAACCAAGUGUGGCAUUUAGAAUGUAUAUGGCUUUUUCUUUUCUGACUCCCUAAAUCAAACUCAAGAGGGUUGUGGCCGGGCGGGGGGUUGUUUUGUUGUUGUUUUUAAGAACACUACUCAUAAACAUAUAAGUCAUUCAGGGCUAAUCAGGUCUCUGUUUCAAAACGGUGUUCCAGGAGAAUAUGGUGAAAAAUAUAUGCCAAGUAUGACCAACCUCCUUAAUCCAAAGUUUCUCUUGAUUAAACCAGUGGUUCUCGGAUGUAGGUACACAGGAAGAUCUCAUACAAAGAUUUUUUUAAAGUGUAUGUGGAUCAUCUAGGAAGCUUUUUAAAAAAUUCAUGUGCCCGUGCACUACCAUUGGAGAGAUUCAGUAAAUCUGGAGUGGGGCUCAGACACCUGUAGUAGUUUUGAUGGCUUCCCAGGUUAUUCUGUGGCAAUGCCCUGGUGGUCCAGUGGUUGGGACUCUGUGCUUCCAUUGCAGGUGGCACGGGUUCUACCCCUGGUCGAACUAAGAUUCCCGCAAGCCACGAGGCGCGGCCAAAAAAAGAAAGCUUCCCAGGUUAUUCUAGUAAGGCCAAAAUUGGAGCACCACUGCCCUAAAUCCAGAACCUAUUUAUAUUUUUCCAGGCUUUGUUUUUUCUUUAAAUGACACAUUCCGUAAGUUUACUGUCUAUUGCAUAAAAGAAAUGCUACCUUUUAUUUAUAUCCCAUCUAAUCUUAAAUUUUAUUGUUACAUAUUAUAAAUUAGGGGUCAGAGUUAACAGGUUCUAUCAGUUGUAGGAAGGAGGUAUAAGUUGUUUCUCCAGCAGUAACAAUUAGCCUGUGCUGAUCAUCAAUAGUUUAAAUCAAUCCUUCUCCCUUUGGAGAUAGAGGUAUUCAAAUAGGAAAAAGGAAUUAGCAGUGUUCUGGGGAUAGAAAUGCAUACAGCACAUUCAAAUAAAAGUGAGUAGUAAUAAUAAUAGCUAAGACUUUCUUAUAAGCCAGGCAGAGUUCUAAGUGCUUUACAUAAGCUCAGUCUAGUUUCCCUAAAGCCCAGGUUUUAAGCCCAGGGAUAAGGUAUAAAAAAGCCUUGAGUGUUGAACAAAAGAAUUCUUCCUGUAGGCAAUGUGAGCAAAAUGGAAGUUUUUGAGCAGAGAGUCAUAUCUGCAAGAAAUAUUACGAAAAAAAAAAAAAGAAAUAUUAUGGAAGAUUAUUUCAGUUGCAGUGUAUAGAACAGAAUGAACAUGGGUAGGGACUAGGAAGCUGGGAGACUACUUGGAAACUAGAUUUUAAAAGCAAGGCAGCUAAGACUGUAAUUAGGUAUGUAUU